CAGCCAUGGCAAUGACAGGCUCAACACCUUGCUCUUCCAUGAGUAACCACACAAAGGAAAGGGUGACCAUGACCAAAGUGACAUUGGAGAAUUUUUAUAGCAACCUUAUCGCUCAACAUGAAGAACGAGAGAUGAGACAAAAGAAGUUAGAAAAAGUGAUGGAAGAAGAAGGCUUAAAAGAUGAAGAGAAACGACUCAGGAGAUCUGCACAUGCUCGGAAGGAAACAGAAUUUCUCCGUUUGAAGAGAACAAGGCUUGGACUGGAAGAUUUUGAGUCCUUAAAAGUAAUAGGCAGAGGAGCAUUUGGUGAGGUGCGGCUUGUUCAGAAGAAAGAUACAGGACAUGUAUAUGCAAUGAAAAUACUCCGUAAAGCAGAUAUGCUUGAAAAAGAGCAGGUUGGCCACAUUCGUGCGGAGCGUGACAUUCUAGUGGAGGCAGACAGUUUGUGGGUUGUGAAAAUGUUCUAUAGUUUUCAGGAUAAGCUAAACCUCUACCUAAUCAUGGAGUUCCUGCCUGGAGGGGACAUGAUGACUCUAUUGAUGAAAAAAGACACCCUGAGUGAAGAGGAGACUCAGUUUUAUAUAGCAGAAACUGUAUUAGCCAUAGACUCCAUUCACCAGCUUGGAUUCAUCCAUAGAGACAUCAAACCAGACAACCUUCUCCUGGACAGCAAGGGCCAUGUGAAACUUUCUGACUUUGGCCUUUGCACAGGACUGAAAAAAGCACAUAGGACAGAAUUUUAUAGGAAUCUGAACCACAGCCUCCCCAGUGAUUUCACCUUCCAGAACAUGAAUUCCAAAAGAAAAGCAGAAACCUGGAAAAGAAAUAGACGUCAACUAGCCUUCUCCACAGUAGGCACUCCAGACUACAUUGCUCCUGAGGUUUUCAUGCAGACCGGGUACAACAAGCUCUGUGAUUGGUGGUCGCUUGGGGUGAUCAUGUAUGAAAUGCUUAUCGGCUACCCACCUUUCUGUUCUGAGACCCCUCAAGAGACAUAUAAGAAGGUGAUGAACUGGAAAGAAACUUUGACUUUUCCUCCAGAAGUUCCCAUUUCUGAGAAAGCCAAGGAUCUAAUUUUGAGAUUCUGCUGUGAAUGGGAACAUAGAAUUGGAGCCCCUGGAGUUGAGGAAAUCAAAAGUAAUUCUUUUUUUGAAGGUGUUGACUGGGAGCAUAUCAGAGAAAGACCUGCUGCAAUAUCUAUUGAAAUCAAAAGCAUUGAUGAUACCUCAAACUUUGAUGAGUUUCCAGAAUCUGAUAUUCUUAAGCCAACAGUGGCCACAAGUAAUCACCCUGAGACUGACUACAAGAACAAAGAUUGGGUCUUCAUCAAUUACACAUACAAGCGCUUUGAAGGCCUGACUGCUCGGGGGGCAAUACCUUCCUACAUGAAAGCAGCAAAAUAGUACCCUUGGCACGGAUCCCUGAAUCAAGCAGAGUGCUUUGUGCAACAGUAUGGUUUUCCUCUUACACACUUUUGAAAGAGCUUCCAAGAAGUUUUAUGGAACUCGCCAAUUAUUGUGGUAAAGUCUCCUGAAACGUGAUAGUCAAUGGAUUCUCUUCAUGAUGCAUCUGAAAACUUACAGAACAAAGACAGCUGUUUCUACCAUGUCGGCCAUAAAAAGCUGUCCUGCUUCUUUAGAAGCCUCAUGAGCCAAUUUGUUAGGUAUUCAAAACAAGAUAAAAAACAGACUUGUGUUUUCCUAAGUUCAUCCGAACAAAGGGGAAAUACAGCCAUCAUCCAACAUUAUUGGGAUUGUAAUGUGCACUCAUCGAAUAUCAGCCAAUUCCUGUGAUUGUGUGAUGUGUUAUCUGCCAAGUAUUUUUUUUUUUAAAUAGCAAAAUCCGACAGUACUAUGGAAAUAAAGCAAUAAUGAAGCCUCAGCAGCCAGCAUUCUGGCUGAAGGAAAUGAUCCACCGUCCUCUCAAGGGGUGGCAAUGGUAGUUUAGCCCCAUACCUCGGCCUCUGGCUAGUGGCUCUUUUUAGCCUCCAUUCAUGGUGCACUUUAUUUAUGGUACUAGGAUAAAGACUUUCAAUCCAUUGAUUCCUCUCCCACCCCCACAUCUGAAAUGCUCAUGCUGCUUUUCUGAGUGUUGAUGGAGGGGAUAUCAGCUUGAUCCAUUGUUGCUUUAGAAGGCCCAGAAAGCCACUGCAUGUUGCCAAGGAGUCCUGGAUCACAUGGAAAACCUUAACUUUUUCUUCAUGGCUGCAUCAGAAAAUCCCUAAAGCAAAUGUUGCCAUGGACCAGCAGCACCCACAAGUGUUGCCAACAAGAACUCAUUUUUUUCCUGGGAACACAGCAAGGGGAGCCCAGAGGCAGGAAGCAUGGAGCACUUGGCUGAAGUGCUGCUCCUGCAAGGUCUCCAGAACUCCCUUGGAGAUGGUGAAGGAGCCAGGCAAGGAGAAAGUGCAGAGCUGGCUACCAAGUCCUCAGUCCUUGGUGCAACUGUGUCUUCUUCCUUCUUGGUAUUUUUCUUCCCCUAACUUUAAGUAACCAUUUUGCCUUGAAAUCAUGGUUGAAAAUUUUUUCCUUUGCAGAAUGCCUUCCUGGGGUAUGCUCUUCCCCACCGUAAAGGGUCACCUUCAGCCUGGGCCUCUGCUGCAGUGUUCUCUCCUGAGAACCCUCUGGAUUUUAGCACAAAGUGCCUUCUCUUUCACAGCUGCCACCACCUCUGUGGGAAUAUUGCUGUGUCAGAAAAGUGUGGAAGCUCCAUAUUAAUGCAUUAUUACUUUCUUAAGUUUUUAUAACUCUUAAGAAGCAUUAUUUGCACCUGUGUUGGUAACUUUGCCUAUUGCAGUCAUAGCCAAACGACAACUAGGAGGCUGCUUUCCACUAGCCUCGAAGUUGUUAAGAUCAGCUUUGAAUGGAAAGUGUGUCCUAGCUUAGCCAUUCAGAGAAGAAAAAAUGGAUUCUAAGUUAUAGUAGUAUGUGAGCCUGCUUUGGGUUUUAACAUCAUACAGGAAGAAGAGAGUGGUAGGGAAGUCUAACUCUGGAUGAAGGUAAUGUGUUUGCCCCUUAAUCUUUCAUUCAUAGUCUGUUAGUGAAAACGAGUUAAAUGGGGUUCCUUUGUGUAUUUGUAGUUUUUUUGUUUUACCAAACAGUCGGGUUUUGACCUGUGGGUUUUGCAAGAGUGUGUGGUGAGCAUGGGUAAAGAGAAGUAACGGUGUGCUACUGAGUCUGUGUGUGUUGGGGAGUGGCAGGGGAUGAUUUGUUUUAAGGGAAAAUGCACACGUUUUAACUUUCAAACUUGUGAAUAAACUAUGU